GUAAAAAUUUAUUUUAACUAUAACAAAAUUACUAAUACUUUUUACCAUCAUUCUUGAAACCACAUUUGAGAAGCUUGUUUCCAAAACGUACCAAAUCCACAAAAUUUGGAAUCGCUGUAUUUUGGGCUGUCUAUUUAAGAUUUGCUUUCUCUGUAUACUUGAAUAGUAAUUUCUUGUCAAAGUGUUCCACAUCCCGUUGAAAAUAGCCUCUAAAUAACAGUUUUGGUUCCAAAGUGUACUACAUCCAGUCGCUGUUUAGUGUCAAAACGUACCAAAUCCAUUUCAACCAAUCCGAGACGUUCUCAAAGUAACGUGACUAACCUAAAAUAAUGUAACCGUGUAACUUUCUGCUGUCAACAAGAUUGUUCGUCUGUUAGUAUUUAAUAGUUUACAAAAUGAGUAUUGUUGAGACAGAAGAGUUUUUUGAAGACAUUCAAUCGACAACAAAUGCUAGAAAGCGGAAAAGUGAUAAAAGCAAGUGGAAAAAGAAUGUUCUUAAGAAAAACAGACAUGAGCUUAAGUCAAAAAAAGAACCACGUGUAUCCUGCUCACAUAACGAUAAAGUAUGUAAAGUCAGACAACUAACAGCCGCUGAUAUAUCUGGUUUCCAUGGAUAUGUCUAUAAACAUAAAACUGCAGUUUCUCAAAAAAACUUUCUAAGUGCAUACAUAAUCGUGGAAAAACCAAAAGGACAUAGACCAAAUCAAGGCAAGUCUAAAGGUCAUGCAAAAUCUAUAAGUGUGAAAUAUUCGAUUCAGUCUGGUGCACAUUAAGUACCAGUAUGUAAGAAAACAUUUUUAUCAACUUUGCAAAUUAGUCGAAGAGCAGUAGACUAUGUUGCAAACAAAAAAUUUAAAAACGAACCUAUUACUAAAGAAAACAGAGGUGGUGCUAGAUUGUCAGAAAAUAUAAUAUUGUUACAAAAUAAAAUAGAGGAACACAUCAAGUCAUUCAAGUGCCGACCAAAACACUGGGGUAGAGCAGGUGCUCCAAAUAGAAAGUAUUUGCCCUCUGACUUAAGCAUAAAGAAAAUGUGGGAAUUAUUCUGCAAGGAAAAUUCGUUGGAUGACAAUAAUAAAGUAUCCACAUACUCUUUAUAUUAUAAGGUUUUUACUAAGAAAUUUAAUUUGGGAUUUUCCUCGGUUAAAAUGGAUAGAUGUAGCGACUGUGUUGCCUUCUCAAAUAAACUCAAAGUCAUAAACGACGACGUCGUCAAACGUACAAUGGUUGUUGAGCAAAUGCUUCACAUAAGAAGAUCGAAAGCAUUUUUUCAGCAGUUGAAUUUAAAGCCAGAGAAUUCUAUCACAAUAAACUUUGAUAUGAUGCAGAAUCAGCCGUUGCCAAAAACACAGAUAGGUGAAGCUUACUAUAAAAGACAGAUUUGGUAUUAUCUUCUUGGAGUGAUAAUUUGUGAUGACCACGGAAAACUAAACCAAGAAAAUGUAUUUUUUUAUCGGUGGUUAGAAUCAGAUGGAGGAAGAGGCUGCACAGAAAUUACAUCUUGCUUAUGGCAUUUUUUUAAAACAAAUAUUAUCAGUAGGAAUAUAAAAAACAUUCGAUUAUUUUCAGAUAGUUGCUCCUCCCAAAAUAAAAAUUACACACUACUUUUGAGUUUGCUGGUUUUGGCCUGGAAAUAUAAACUCAACGUUGAAUGGUUUUUUCCAGAGCGUGGUCAUUCAUACAUGCCAGCGGAUCGUGCAUUUGGCAUUCUUGAAAAAAAGCUUCGGAAAAAAGAGAGUAUCAUAUUUCCUCACGAAUACGAUGAUAUCGUAAAAUCAGUUGGAACUUUAUAUACUGUUUCACAAGAUUUUAAAUGGAUGAGUUGGCGAGAUCUUAAUAAAAGCGUGGUAACAUCUAGUAAAACAUUUAAAAUAACUAAGGCCAGGCGCUUAUUGAUCAACUAUUCAACUCCAAAAAUUGGUCUUGCUCUUUCUUAUAGCCUAGCUCCUACGUGUGAACAUACAAUUCUUAAGAGAGGAAUGAAGCUGGCCAACAUUGAAGGACGUUUAAAAGAAUUCCCUUCCUCAAAUCAUAUCAAAAACGAAAAAAAGGCUGACGUAGUUUUUCUUCUCAACAAAAUGGGAUAUGAUAUAGAAAAUGUUAUAUAUUAUCAAAAUGUUUUACGCAGCACUCAAGAUAACGAUAACGAUGAAGAUUCAGAUUAAGUGUUGCACGAGUAUUUGUUAUGUAUGUUAUUAUUUCUUGUUCUUUUUUUAGUAAAUGCAUCCAAAUUUACUAAAUGGUAGUCAGUGUUUUUUUAUUCCAUAUCGUACUACAUCCUCAUUUUUUAGCAAAAUGUACCAAAUCCAAAUAGUUUUUGUGUGUAUAAUUGAAAAUAUUCAUCUAUGAUUUGUAGAAUUGGAAAAAAAAG